AUGGCGUUCCCAAGUCCUCUCUUUGCCUUCUUUAUGCUCCUAGGCCUUCUAGAUUCCGUUCGGGCUAUAGGGAAUUGGUCCUGUCCUGACCUGAUAACCAGCUCCGUGCCGGUUAAAUUCGCGUUGAUCUUAACGGAACAAAAUAUCUCUCCGGAUGGGUUCCAAAGAAAGGGUAUAUUGGUGAACGGCCAAUUCCCUGGCCCUAUCCUUGAGGUUUGCCAAGGAGUUGAGGUUGAAGUCCAAGUGUGGAAUGAACUCCCUUAUCCAGUGACGGUCCAUUUUCACGGGAUCGAACAGAGAGAAACUCCAUGGUCCGAUGGUGUUCCCGGGGUAUCGCAAAAAGGGAUUCAGCCAGGAUUAUCUUUUACAUAUAAAUGGAGAGCUACUGAUUCUGGGAGCUACUUUUAUCAUUCUCACGAAAGAGGCCAUCUCGAGGAUGGAUUAUAUGGAGCAAUCUACAUCCACCCCAGGAAUUCUGUGGAACGGCCGUUUGCACAGAUCACCGAUGAUCCUAGCCAACUUGAAGCAAUGCAUAUUGCAGAGCAGAACACAAAACCAAUCAUCCUGUCCGAUUGGCGUCACUUGGCAUCCGAGCAAGUAUGGGAGGCCGAGGAAGCUACUGGACUGGAUGCAUAUUGUGCUAACGCACUGUUAAUAAAUGGCAAAGGAUCUGUUACUUGCUUAUCGCAAGAGACAAUUGACGAGUUUACCAGUGAGGACCUGAAGCCUCUUCUCAAUGGAUCUCAUCUAACCGAUAUUGGAUGUCUGCCGCCGACCAUCCCAGCCGCCCAAGGUCCUUACCAUCACAAUUUUAGCGCCGUUCCUCAGAGCUUAUUUUCGGGGUGCAACGCAUCACAUGGAGCAACGGAGACACUGCUUGUUGAUCCCGGGCUUCAAUACAGCAGCUGGGAUCUCAUAAAUGCCGGUGGUCUUGCAACCCUCUCCUUCUCGAUUGACGAGCAUCCAAUGUAUGUUUAUGCGGUUGAUGGGCGAUAUAUUGUACCCAAGCUUGUGGAGGCCGUUAAAUUGAUUCCUGGACGGCGAUUCUCUGUCCUCGUCAAGCUUGACAAGCCUCCCCGUGACUAUACAGUGCGGUCGAACAUAGUUGGAAAUCAAAUUCUGAAUACCACGGCAAUAAUGUCCUAUGAUGCUGCUGUACGGUUCCAGAACGACCCAUCUACCCCUUACAUCGACAUCACCGGUCGCAACGCCACACCUGAUGCAGUACUCCUGGACGAAACACAAGUCGUCCCCUUUCCCGUGGAGGUACCAGCACAAACAGCAGAUCAGACUUUUGUUCUGCACAUUGAUCGGUUUAAUUCCUCUUACCAAUGGACCCUCGGCAACGGCAGCUUCCCCCUCUCCCUGGAAGAAGCAGCACCUCUUCUCUUCUACCCGGACUCCGAGGUUGCGCAUAGUGACCUGACCAUCCGCACCACGAAUGGCAGUUGGGUCGACCUGAUCUUCUACGUGAGGUCGGCGCCCCAACCUGAACAUCCAAUACAUAAACACUCAAAUAAGUUUUUCUACAUUGGAUCCGGUCAGGGUGAGUGGAAAUACCCCUCUGUCGCUGAGGCAAUGCGCGAUAUUCCUCAUAAUUUCAAUCUCCACAAUCCCCCACUCUUUGAUACUAUAGCCACACCCGCCGCUAUGUCCGAUCCGGUAUGGACAGCUGUACGGUAUCACGUUGUGAAUCCGGGGGCAUUUGUGGUCCAUUGUCAUAUCCAAGUCCAUAUCAAUGGCGGCAUGAGUUUGGCAGUUCUGGAUGGCAUAGAUGCUUGGCCACAAAUACCUGACGAAUACCAGAUCACCAACUGA